AACUGGUCAACUCUCAAGAGACCAUCUGGUUCAGGUUCCUGACUAGGCCAGCGAGGUGGGAUGAACCCCACCUUACAGAUCAGACCCCGCCCCUGAGACCCAGAGAGACAAAUAUCUCACCAGGAUUGCACAGCUGGCGAGAGGCAGAGAGGAUCCCACAAGUUUUUCUUCUGGAUGCAGCUUCCUUGAGUUCAGGGCAGGAGGCAGGUAAGGAUGGCCAGGCCUCUGGAGCAGGCGGUAGCUGCCAUCGUGUGCACCUUCCAGGAAUAUGCAGGGCGCUGUGGGGACAAAUACAAGCUCUGCCAGGAGGAGCUCAAGGAGCUGCUGCAGAAGGAGCUGGCCACCUGGACCCCGACCGAGUUUCGGGAAUGUGACUACAACAAAUUCAUGAGUGUUCUGGACACCAACAAGGACUGCGAGGUGGACUUUGUGGAGUAUGUGCGCUCACUUGCCUGCCUCUGUCUCUACUGCCAUGAGUACUUCAGGGACUGCCCCUCAGAGCCCCCCUGCUCCCAGUAGCCUCUGCUCCAGGGGGUGCACUGGCUGUCGGGGGCUGGGCAUGUCUCCCGCACCCCCUCCUACCCUCUCUCCUGUACCCCUUUCAAUCUGGACUUGCCCAGGUCUUCUGUGAUCAGUUAACCCAUUUUACUUAGGAGGCCCAGAGAUGUGAGGACUCCUUCCUCAGGAUGCCCAGCGAAUGAGGGGUAGAGCCACUCUGGGCCCCAGCCUGCCUGCUGCACCCCUGCGGCCUCCCUUGUUGGAUGGGAGGAGGGGGGAUCUGCUCUGAGGCCCUCGAGGCUCAGCAGAGCGUUCACCAAUGAGACCACAAUGGGAAAGGGCCUAUUUAACUCCUAAUAAAAAACUGGCGUCAGC